GUGGGGUAAAUAAAAGGCGGGAAUAGGAGAGGGUUUUUUCCGCUUCCAUAUUUUAAACAGAGGGGGUUAGGAAACCCGGGAAAUAGCUAGAGUAAUUUAUUGCUUAAAUUAAUUGUUCUUAUUGUUCAGUUUCUACAGGACUAUAUUAUUUGUAUAUAAGCAGUAAUUCCCGAGCGUGGAAGGAGAAUUUGAAAUGGCGGAUCAGGAACCGAGCGCCUCUACGUCCAGUGUCUCAGGCAGCGCCGAGGGUGAUGUUGGUGUUGAAGCCAUGAAGCUGCUUGGGACUGGUAAAAGACACAUGGUAAUGGAAGAUUUUGUAGCAGCUGUCAAUGCCUUUCAAGAUGCAUGCAGGCUAUUGAGCGCAACACAUGGAGAAGUGGCAGAAGAAUGUGGAGAAGCCUACUUCUGCUAUGGAAAAGCCCUUCUGGAGUUGGCAAGAAUGGAGCGUGGCGUUCUUGGCAAUGCUCUUCAAGGAGUUCCUGAAGAUGAUGAUGAAGAAAUGGCAGCAGCAGAUGAAGACUCCAAAGUAGAAAAUGCAGGAAAUGCAGAUAAUGAUUCCGGUGCUUUAGAUGCAAGUGGUGAUGAUGAUGAUGAAGCUGAAGAAAAGGAUGCUGAAAGUGAGGAAGUUGACAACUUGCAGCUGGCCUGGGAAAUGCUUGAAUUGGCGAAAGUGAUCUUCAAAAGGCAAGAAAGCAAAGAAAUACAACUCUGUGCAGCACAGGCUUAUCUGAAACUGGGAGAAGUUGGAAUAGAAUCUGAAAACUACAUACAGGCUAUUGAAGAUUUCAGGGAGUGUCUGAAUAUUCAGGAAAAACACCUCGAGCCUCAUAACCGACUACUGGCAGAGACCCAUUAUCAAUUAGGGCUGGCUUACAGUUUUAACAAUCAAUAUGAUUUCUCUCUGAAGCACUUCAAGGAGUCUUUUAGUGUCAUAGAGAAAAGGUUAGCUAUGUUAACGGAUAGGAUUGAGAAAACAGAAGAGAAAGGCAAAUCUCCAGCAAAAGACACUGAUGCUGUUUCUGAAGAUAAGCGGGAGGUUGAGGAACUUAAAGAAUUGUUGCCAGAGAUAAAAGCAAAAAUUGAGGAUGCAGAAGAAUGCAAAGAUGAUGGAAGAGCAACUAAAGCCCUUCAGGAAACAUUGUGUAGAUCGCCUGCCUUUUCAGGAUUUGAAACACAAAUUCUAGCAAGCAGUGCAUCAGCUAUGCAGGCUGGAAAAGUAACAGAUGAAGCUUCUACCUCUAGUUCAAACUGUGUAUCUAACAUCUCUCAUUUAGUAAGGAAAAAGUCUCAAUUGCAGAGGAAGCCAGAAGACAGUGAGAGGGAUAAUAAAGAGCCUAAGAAAGCAAAGCAGGAGGAGUCUGCUGUGAAUGGUGGGUGUGGGGAUACUGCCCAUGAUAGAAAUGGAGUUCCUGAGAAAAUGGAAUCAGAAGAAACUGUUUCUCCGAAGAAGUCUGAGCCAGAAGCUCAGUGUUAGUUAAUAGAUGUCUGGAUGGCUGGCAAUAUUUUGCCACAUACUGGACUUUUUUGUACAUAAUGUAUUUUUUGAUUGGCUUUUUUGAACUGUUUUUGUAACACUGUGGAAAAAUUCAAUAAAGAUGUAAUUUGCAAA